UCAGCAUUAGGCUUUACCAAAGCAGAGAAAAGAGAGAGGUCUGCUGGCUGACUGUCUGCUCCGGGGGGGAUCGACAGAUAGGCUAGCCCUCCAACCUGGGCAUUCUCUCUCCCUGCCAAACGUUUGUUGUUAUCUCGAGGGAUUUGGGGAAAAAGAGGACAAGAGUUGGAUAUACCUUUCAUGACAGACUAACAUUUCUUGGCAGCAUUUUUUGUCUGUUUUUUUUGUCCCGCUGAAAGUGGUAUUUCAGUUCGGAUACUGAGAGGGCGUGAGAAGAAAUACAUUUUCCCAGAAUACAGCUAACCAGGUUUAAGUUUUAGCCCUAGGGACAACCUAGGGAUAAGGACAAGGGGAAAGCCAAUCAGAAGUGGCUGAGGCCAUCCCUCCUGACAGACCAUGGGAGAUAGGUCUGGGAGAAAACUAGCUGCUGCAAAGAGCCAGACCCAGCUACUGGUGGUGAAGGGUCUGGAGGAUGUGGAGGUGUGUGAGAGCGAGGGUUGCUCCUUCGAGGUGACCCUCAACCUGUCCUACAUAGAUGGCACGUGGACCAAGGACGGGGUCAAGCUCAAGUCCAAGCCCACCUGUCGCAUCACUACCCAUCGGAAUAAACACACUCUCACCUUCACCCGGGUCACCGUAGGAGACACUGGCCUGUUCUCCUUCCAGACUGAUGGUGCCCAAAGCUGUAUUCAAACCUCAGGUCAACUCAUUGUCAUAGCCAGAGACAUCCAGAUUGUGAAGGAAUUGGAGGACGAGGAAGUGACUGAGAGGCAGAGUGUGAACUUCCUAUGCGAGGUCAACUAUGAGAAUGUGGACGGGCGCUGGUACAGAGACAACACCAGGAUCAAACACGGAGACAACGUCAAGAUCAGACAUGAGGGUAAAACUCACACCCUGUGCUUCAAGUCUGUAAGGCCAGCAAAUGCUGGGGAGAUCAAAUUCACUGCAGACAGGGUCUCCUCCUAUGCAAUUCUCACAGUAAAAGAGCUGCCUGUGCAGAUAGUGAAGCCUCUGAGAGUAAAGAUUGCUUUGUACAAACACAAAGGCCUGCUGGAGUGCCAAGUGUCGCGGGCCAACGCCCAGGUCAGGUGGUUCAAGAACAGGAAUGAGAUCCAGCCCAGCCAGAAGCACCAGAUCAUCAGCGAUGACAUUUACAGGCAGCUCCACAUCGACGACGUGGCCUCAUCUGAUGAGGACACCUACACCUGUGAUGCUGGUGAUGACAAGACGUCCUGUCAGCUGUUAGUGGAGGAGCAGGCUAUCAGCAUAGUGCGGGGACUGAGGUCCCUGGAGGUGACAGAGCCCAGGGAGGCCCUGUUCCAGGUGGAGAUCAGCCUGCGGGCGGUGAGACCCCCCAAGUGGACCCUGGAUGGAGAGGUCCUGAUGGAGGGGCCUAGAGUGAGCAUAGACCAGGAAGGGACCAUGCACACCCUCUGCUUCAGCAGCACAGACAGCUCUAUGACAGGCCCAGUGCAGUUCAAUGCCGGGAAGAGCCGCUCCACCGCACAGCUCACUGUGAAGGAGCGCCCUCUAAAGGUGGUCCAGCCCAUGCCAGACGUGGAGGCUAAAGAGAACAGCUCGGUCACACUGAGCUGUCAAUUUGCCCCCUCCCCCAGGGUGGUACGCUGGUACAAGGGCCGCACCGCCCUGCAGACGUCCAGCAAGUACAGCAUGAGGACGGAGAAGAGCCAGGCAGAGCUGACCAUCCAGGGUCUCAAGGAGACCGACACCGGCCAGUACAGCUGCAUGGCUGGAGGGUCAAAGAGCACAGCUAAGGUCACUGUGGAGGUGCGAAGGCUAAAGAUCAUAAGGCACCUGGAGCACGUAGAAGUGGAGGAGGAUAGCAACGCCACGUUCACCUGUGAGCUCAACUAUGUGGUCGCCAAUGUGCAGUGGCUCCUGAAUGACAACCGUCUUAACGCCAACUCCGUCACCAGGAUCCAAAACAUGGGCACCAUCCACAGCCUCACCAUCAAAAUGCUUCGCCCCCAGGAUAGCAGAGUCACGUUCCAAGCCGGCCUGCUCACCGAGUCCACCUCCCUCAAGGUCAAAGAAAAGCCAGCGGUAUUCCUGAGGUCUCUAGAAGACAUGUCAGGGGAGGAGGAGGGGAAGGUGUGUCUGCAGUGUGAGACCUCUAAGGCAAUGGUCACCCCCAUCUGGAGGAAAGAUGGUACGGUCCUGGCCAGCAGUAACAAACAUGAGCUGCUCAAGUUUGGGAAGUCCUUAGCGCUCAUCAUCCAUAGUCUGAGUAAGGAUGAUGCAGGCCACUAUAGCUGUGACCUCGGCACCAGCCAGACCAAGGCCAAGGUCACUGUACAUGACCUUCACAUCACCAUUUCCCAGCGUAUGAAGACCGUCUCUGUUCUGGAGGGCGAGAGCUGCAGUUUCGAGUGCGUCCUCUCUCAUGAUGUCAUCGACGAGUCCUCCUGGACUCUGAACGGUCAACUUGUGGUUAGCAACAGCCGCAUCCAGAGCGUAAACAAGGGCCGAAAGUACAAGAUGACCAUCAGAGAUGCAACCUUGACUGACGCCGGGGACGUUAUCUUCUUCAUCAAAGACCUCAGCUGCAGGACCAUGCUAUUUGUCAAAGAGAAGCCAGUGCAUGUGUUCAGGGACAUGACGAACGUCAAAGCCACCCCAGGGGAGGAUGCUGAGCUGAGCUGUGAGAUCACCAAGCCUGAGGCCUUCAUCCGCUGGCUGAAGAACGGCCAUCAGAUCAGGCACAGCCACCCCAAGUACCAAAUCAGUGUGGAGGACCACCUGGUACGGCUGGUGAUUACAAACACCUGCAUCAGAGACUCUGGGGAGUACUGCUGUGAGGCAGAUGGAAUUGCGACCCGGGCCAAGCUGGAGGUCAGAGAGCUGCAGCACAUGUUUGCACGUGAGCUGCGAGAGGCACGGGCCGAGGAGAAGAGUAAGGUGACGCUGGAGUGUGAGACGAGAUUGCCGGCCAAGCGGGUGACCUGGUUGAAGGGCAUGGCAGAGAUCCGGGCGGGCAAAAAGUAUGUGAUGAAGCAGAAGGGCGUGGCCCUCUCCCUCACAAUCAGUUGCCUGGACAAGGGUGACACGGACGUGUACAUCUGCGACGUUGGCACCAUGCAGAGCCGGGCUCUACUGACCGUACAUGGUCAGAAGGUGUUGAUCAUGGAUGAGUUGGAGGAUGUUGAGUGUCUGGAGAAUGACACGGUGAUGUUCAGGUGCCGUAUCUGUCCCAGCGACUAUGUUGGGGUCAAGUGGUACCUGGAUGAGACCUUACUGUACACCAACAAGCUGAAUGAGAUCCAGGUGGUCCCGGGGGGAUACCACAGUUUAACCUUCAAACAGCUGGCACAUAAAGACUCGGGCACCAUCUCCUUCGAGGCAGGUGAUAAGAGGUCCUACGCCUCAUUGCUUGUUAGAGAGAGACGUCCCACCAUUACCAAAGCAUUGGAGGACUGUGAGGCCAUUGAGGGAGGCGGUUUGGUGCUGGUGUGUAUGACCUCUAAGCCAUGCCACAUCCUGUGGUACAAAGAUGGCUGCCUAAUGUGGAGCUCCUCGAGGUACUACGUCAGUCGCUCAGGUAAUGAGGCCAGGCUGACAAUCAGGGAGGUCAGUAACAGUGAUGCUGGGGUGUACGAGUGCAGCGCUGGAUCGGUCAGCACCAAGGCCGUUGUCACUGUGAAAGCCAUCCCAGCUGAGUUUACCCAACAGCUGCAGAGUAUGGAGGUGAAGGAGGGGGAGGAUGUGACCCUGUCCUGUCAGUUCUCCCUGCCGGGGGUUGCGUUCCACUGGAAGAGGGGCUUGGAGAACCUCAGGGCUGGAGAGAGGUACCUGAUAAAGCAGAAGAAGUCCCUCAUCUCUCUGACCAUCACUGGCCCGAAGCCAGAAGACUCAGGAGACUACACUUGUCAGUGUCGAGACCACAGAACCACAGCCACCCUCACAGUCCACGCUAUCCCCAUCUCCUUCAAACAACAGUUGAAGAAUGUUCAGGCUGAGGAGGGCAACAGUUUCACAUUGCGGUGUGAGCUCUCCAAACCAGGAGUCCCUGUAGAGUGGAAGAAAGGAGAGGAGCUGGUGAGGCAUGGAAUGAAGUUUCAGAUAAGGAAGAGGGAGACCAUAUCGGAGCUUCAGAUAUGGAAAGCUGUGCCAGAAGACAGUGGAGUCUACAGCUGCCAGUGUGCAGACCAAAAGACCACCGCCACCGUCAAAAUCAGCGCCCUGCCCGUUACCUUCAAAAAAAAGCUGAGGAACGCACAGGUUGAAGAGGGGAACAAUUUGGUGUUACACUGUGAGCUCUCUAAACCAGGAGUCCCUGUUGAAUGGAUGAUGGGAGGAGAGGAGCUGCUGAACAAUGGAGAGAAGUUUCAGAUAAAGCAGAGAGAGUUGGUGAAUGAACUGAAGAUUCUGGAUGCGAAACCUGAAGACUGCAAUAUCUACACCUGCGUUUGUGGCAAUGUGGAGACCACAGCCAGUGUUACUGUCAUGGCAAUUCCAAUCACUUUCAAGCAAAAGCUGAGGAAUCUGCAGACUGAGGAAGGGAUCACCAUCAGCCUGCACUGUGAGCUGUCUAAAUCAGGGGUCCCUGUGGAGUGGAGGCUGGGAGGACGGAUCAUACUGCAAAAUGGAGACAAGUAUGAGAUGAAGCAGAGAGGCUUGGCACUGGAGCUCAUCAUCAAGGAGGCUCUGCCUGAGGACAGUGGAGUCUACAGCUGUGUGUGUCGAGAUCAGAAGACCAAGGCCACAGUCAAAAUCCUUGCUGUACCCGCCACCUUCAGAGUGGGUCUGAAGAACCAGGAUGCCCCAGAGAAGGGCAACGUGACCCUGCGCUGUGAGCUGUCUAAGUCUGGCGUCCCGGUGGAGUGGUGGAGGGGGGAGACAGAACUCUCCCAGGUUCUGUCAGGGGGAAAGUUCCAGAUGAAAUUGGAGGGGAGGAUCGCUGAGAUGACCAUUACCAACGUGCAACCGGAGGACAUAGGAAAAUACAGCUGUGUCACUGGAGACCAGAAGACCACCGCUGUAGUUAAAGUGCAAGCUCUCCCUGUGACGUUCAAGCGCCAGCUCCAGAACGCGAUGAUCAAAGAGGGGGACAAUGGGGAGUUCUGGUGUGAGCUCUCCAAGCCUGGAGCCCCAGUGGACUGGAGGAAGGGGAGAGUCAUCCUGAAGUCUGGAGACAAAUAUGAGAUGAAGCAGGAGGGACGCAUCACUAAACUGCUCAUCCAUAAUGUGAAGGAGAGUGACGCUGGGAAAUACACCUGCAAGACUAAAGACGCCCAGUCAACUGCAGAGCUGACUGUGAUGGGCCUACCCCCCACUUUCAAAGAACAGCUGAGGAACAUGGAAGUUGAGGAGGGUAAGACUGUGACACUACGCUGUGAGCUGUCUAAACCUGCAGCCUCAGUUGAGUGGAAGAGGGGAGCAGAGCUGUUGAAGAAUGUAGACAAGUGCCAGAUAAGGAAGAAAGAUUUACUGGUGGAAUUGAAGAUUAUCGAUGCGAAUCUGGAAGACAGUGGGGUUUACACCUGUAUUUGUGGUGAACAAAAGACUACAGCCACUGUUACAAUAAAUGCUCGCCCCGUCACAUUUAUAGAAGAGCUGAGGAACGUUCAGGUUGAGGAGGGCAACAAUGUGACGUUGCGCUGCGAGCUCUCUAAACCAGGGAUGUUGGUAGAAUGGAUCAGAGGAACAGAUCUUCUGCAGAAUGGAGAGAAGUACCAGAUGAAGCAGAAAAACACAACGUUGGAGCUGAUCAUCAGGAAAACCUUACCUGAAGACAGUGGAGUCUACAGCUGCGUGUUGGAAGACCAGAAAACGUUUGCCACCGUCAGUAUCACUGCCGUCCCAGUCACUUUCAAUCAGAAACUAAAGAACCAAGAGGCUCCGGAGGAGGGUAACGUGACAUUGCGCUGCGAGCUGUCUAAAUCGGGAGUCUCUGUGGAAUGGCUGAAGGGAGAGGAGCUGCUGAGGGAAGGGGAGAGGUACCAAAUGAAACAGGAGGGGAGGACUGCUGAGAUGGUCAUCAGGAAUGUGGUGCUGCAGGACGCUGGGGAGUAUAGCUGUGUCACCGCCUGCAAUGUCAGGACAGCAGCUUACAUCAAAGUUAGGGCCCUCCCUGUGACAUUCACACAAGAGGUCCAGAACGCGAUGAUCAAAGAGGGGGACAAUGGGGAGUUCUGGUGUGAGCUCUCCAAGCCUGGAGCCCCAGUGGACUGGAGGAAGGGGAGAGUCAUCCUGAAGUCUGGAGACAAAUAUGAGAUGAAGCAGGAGGGACGCAUCACUAAACUGCUCAUCCAUAAUGUGGAGGAGAGUGACGCUGGGAAAUACACCUGCAAGACUAAAGACGCCCAAUCAACGGCUGAACUGACCGUGAAGGCUCCUCCCAUCACGUUCAAGGUGAAGUUGAAGAACCAGGAAGUCGAGGAGGAGAACAGUGUGACGUUAUUCUGCGAGCUCUCUAAACCAGGACUGACGGCAGAGUGGAGGAAGGGAGAGGAGCUGCUGAAGAAUGGAGUGAGGUACCAGAUAAGGAAGAGAGAGGCAACGAUGGAACUGACCAUCAGGAAAGCAGUGCUCGAGGACACCGGAUUCUACAGCUGUGUUUACGCAGAAGCCAAAACCACUGCCACUGUCAACAUCACCGCCAUACCUGUCACCUUCAAAAUGGGUCUUAAGAACCAGGAGGCCCCAGAGGGGGGCAUCGUGAACCUGCGCUGUGAGCUGUCUAAGGCUGGAGUCCCGGUGGAGUGGUGGAAAGGCAAGGAGGAGGUGAGCCCUGGAGGAAGGUACCAGAUGAAGCUGGAGGGAAAGGUAGCGGAGAUGCACAUCAAGAACAUCCAACCGGAGGACGUGGGGGAGUACAGCUGUAUAUUCGGAGAUCAGAAGACCACUGCUGAAGUCAACGUGAGAGCUGCUGCAUCAGUCUUCUUUGAGAAGGAGCUAGAGAGCAAGGUGGUGAUGGAGGGGACGUCAGUGGUCCUCUCCUGUGAGGUCUCCAGCGUUACGGUCCCCGUCACCUGGAGGAAGGAUGCCUGCCUGGUCACAGACGGGGAGAGGUUCACUUUGAAGAAGAACGGCCCUGUUCACACCCUGGAGAUCAGGAAGUUGAGUCUGGAGGACGCCGGGGAGUACAGCUGCAUCACCAGGGGAAAGAAGACCACAGCCAUGCUAGUUGUGAAAGAGCGUGUGAUGAUCUUGUCAGGACUGAAGGACAUGAAGAUCAUGGCCGGACAGGACGCAGUGUUUGUGUGCGAGCUGUCCCACAAGGAGGUAAGCGAGGGCGAGUGGUGGCUGGGCUCCAGCCUCCUGCAGAAGAACGAAAUGAACCAGAUGAGCUGCCUGGGCCACCAGCAACGCCUGGUCCUGACCAUGACCACGCCGGAGGAGACCGGGACCGUGGCCUUCGUGGUCGGGGAGGAAAAGACCUCCGCCCAAUUGCUGGUGCUCCCCAAACCCAAAGUACUCAUUGAGAAGAAGCCUGGGGACAUCGUCAUCAUGGAAGGGGAGACAGCCACUUUAUUCUGUAUGACCUCUGACCUCUUUAGCCCUGUCACAUGGAGAAGGAACAGGAUGCCCAUCCUGAACGGAGAUAAGUAUGAGACUCGUAAGGAGGGCAAGCUCAACCUGCUGCUCAUCCAUGACACGGAACCAGGGGACUCUGGGAUAUACUCCUGUGACACUGGUGACAUGCAGAGCAGCGCCAAUCUGACUGUCAAUGAGCUACCUCCUUACUUUGAGGAGGAGCUGCAGGCUGUGGAGGCUGAGGAGGGGGGCACUGCCUUCCUAUCCUGUGAGCUGUCUAAGCCUGCGGUCCCAGUCCAGUGGAGGAAGGGCCGGCUACCUCUCAGGCCCAACAGGAAGUACAAGUUGAGGCAGGACGGCUGUGUGUUUCAGCUACACAUCCUGGAGCUGAAGAAGGAAGACAGUGGCAGCUACACGUGCCAGGCAGGUGGUGUGGAGACCACCGCCUCUGUGGCAGUAAAGCCUCCCUCAGACAAGACAGAUCCUCCCAAGACAAUUCCUCGCACAAAGGCUGCCUCUCCCACUACUCCACCAGAAGAGGCCCGACCUGGCCCUCCAGAGCCAAAGAAACGGGGCAUGACCCGGUCAUCCAUUGUGGAGUCAGAGGAAGACCUGGAGCUUGAGGAAAAAGAGACAGUGGUAAACCCACAUAAGAAACAGUCAUUAAGGUCUAUGGGUAAAGAGACUAAGGUAGACCAGCAGGAGAAACAGAAAGUGAAACAGCCAGUAGGUAUGGUGAAGGAUACCAUAGCAGAAAAGACCCAGAAACAGCUAGUACCACCACUGAGGUCUAAAGGAAAGGAGGCAACUAUGGUGAAGGAGACACAGAUGGACCAGAGGGAGAAAAAGCCAGUGAAACAGCCAGUCAGCGCUAUAGUGACAGACACAGAGGAGAAAAAGUCUAUGGUGAAGAAGACUGAGAUAGACCCGAGGGAGAAAAAGAUAUUGAAAGAGAUUGGGGUAGACCAGGUGGUGAAACAGCCAGUUCCACCAGAGAGACGAGCAUCUAUGCUGUCUGAUGCUGGGGUAGAGCAUGUAGGCAAAAAGCCAGUUCCACAUGCGAGACGAGCUUGUGUUGUUUCGGAUGCUGCGGUAGACGAGGUGAGGAAACAGCCAGUUCCACCAAUGAGACAAGCAUCUGUAGUGUCUGAUGCUGGGGUAGAGCAUGUAGGCAAAAAGCCCGUUCCACCUGCGAGACGAGCUUCUGUUGUUUCAGUUUCUGAUGCUGGGGUAGACCAAAUGGUGAAACAGCCAGUUCCACCAGUGAAACAAGCUUCUGUUGUUUCAGUGUUGGAUGCUGGGGUAGAGCAUGUUGGCAAAAAAACAGUUCCACGAGCGAGACAAGCUUCUGUUGUUUCAGUGUCGGAUGUUGGGGUAGACGAGGUGAGGAAACAGCCAGUUAUACCAGCGAGACAAGCUUCUGUUGUUUCAGUUUCGGAUGCUGGGGUAGACGAGAUGAGGAAACAGCCAGUUCCACCAGCAAGACGAGCUUCUGUUUCAGUUUCAGAUGCUGGGGUAGACGAGGUGAGGAAACAGCCAGUUAUACCAGCGAGACGAGCAUCUGUUGUUUCAGUGUCGGAUGCUGGGAUAGACGAGGUGAGGAAACAGCCAGUUCCACCAGCGAGACGAGCAUCUGUUGUUUCAGUUUCGGAUGCUGGGGUAGACAAAGUGAGGAAACAGCCAGUUCCACCAGCGAGACGAGCAUCUGUUGUUUCAGUUUCGGAUGCUGGGGUAGACGAGAUGAGGAAACAGCCAGUUCCACCAGCGAGACGAGCAUCUAUUGUUUCAGUCUCGAAUGCUGGGGUAGACGAGGUGAGGAAACAGCCAGUUCCACCAGCGAGACGAGCAUCUAUUGUUUCAGUCUCGAAUGCUGGGGUAGACGAGGUGAGGAAACAGCCAGUUCCACCAGCGAGACGAGCAUCUAUAGUGUCAGAUGCUGGGGUAGAGCAGUUAGUUAGGUCUGUUAGAUCUAAAAAGGAGAAAGAUAUAGAAAUAUACCAUCAGGACAAACAGCCAGUGAGGUUUAUGGUGAAGGAGACGGAAAAACACAAGAUUGCGGAGGAUGGUAACCAAGUCCAUAUCUCAGAGGAUGGGUCCUCCACUGAGGCCCCCACCCAGGUAAGAGUCAACCAGAAGACCAGCAAGCCUGUAGUUGCUGUAACUGGAGUUCCCAAGGGGCUCCCGAUGACUAAGCAAGUUGACGAGACUGAACCUGACAUGGAAAUCAGUGUAGAGGACGAACCUGAGAUGCUGGAUGCCGCCAUCAAGAUCCAGGCAGCUUUCAAGGGAUACAAGGCCCGCAAAGACAUGCGGCCAAUCUUCAAGCAGGUGUUCAAGAACCAGAACGUUGAGACCAACGGUACCAUCCAGCUAGCGUGCGUGGUGGAAGGGAAGUCUAAUGCAGUACGCUGGCUGAAGAACGGCCAGCAGAUCAUAGGAGACCAACGCCACCACAUGAACACCUCUGAGGAUGGCAUCUGCACACUGGUGAUCAUCAACAUGUCAGCCAUAGACACUGGGGUCUAUACAUGUGAGGUGGUCAACAAGUUUGGUGUGACCUCAUAUAAUGGCAACAUUACUGUGGGUCAACCUCAAAAGCCUCCAUCCUCCACCCAGAGGCCUGCAGCCCCAGCACAGCCCUCCACCCCUUCUGUGCACCCAGUCCUGGCCUCUGUUGGCCCUCUCCAGCCAGCCCAGACCUCCACCUCUGGGAAGGAGACUAUGGGUUCUGUGGAGAGUGAGGGGAUCUCCCUGUGGCAGGCCUACAACCUGACCGAGGAGGAUCCCCGCAAUACCCUGCAGGAGAGGAGGGCCUCACUCAUCUCCGCCAGCUCUAUGUCUAGUCCCUCGGACUACGACACAGCUCCAGAUUUCAUAGAGCCUGUUGGCAUCAUCCCCAAAGAUCCCUGCAGGGAAAAGGAAGCCAUUAAGACAGAGGAACAGGUACCCCAUAAGGAUAAAGAACAGAAAGUUACCCCUCAACCACCAAAGAGGCAUUUGAAGGUCAAAGCUACGGAUUCCAAACUGAGGACUCUGUCCCCGAAACACCACUGUGCCCAUACGCCUGCUGCUCUCACAGGUUUUGGCUCAGAGUCAGAUGGUGAUGAGGACAGAGGAGAGACAUUUGAUAUCUAUGUGGCCAGAGCUAACUGCACCUCUCAACAAGGUGGCAACAAGGAGACCUUUGUGUUGAAGGAGGGCCAGUACGUGGAGGUCUUGGACUCUGUCCACCCUGAGAAGUGGCUGGUCCGUACCAAACCCUCCAAGAACACCCCCUCACGCCAAGGAUGGGUCUCCCCUGCAUACCUGGAGAAGAAGAGAAAGGAGACAUUCCCACAAGUGAGGACACCACAACAGGAGAUGGAUGGAUCAGGUUCUACAGAGGAAGAGUACAGAAGAACAUUAAGCCAAUUGAUCCAGGGGCUGAUUGAUGGGGAGGAAGAGUUUGUGAAGGAGAUGAAGGACUUUACAUCCCAUUACCUGCACCACUUAGACACUAGCCCUCAUGUCCCCAUCAACAUCAUCAACCAGAAAGAAACAAUCUUCCGCAAUAUCAAGGACAUCAUGGCUUUACACGAGAGGUCUAUUCUGCCCAGGCUGAGCGAGUGUUCUACUGAUGAUGACGUGGCCAUGCACCUGCUCAAACACGCAGAGGACUUUCAGAAGUAUCUGCAGUACAUGAUGGGCCAAUCACAGGCAGAGGCCUGUGUCACUGACAAGACCAUCCAGCAGUACUUCAAGCAAAACACGAGAACAGAGCCUGAGCACCCCGAAAUUGCAGUGCUGGAUGUCAUCACCUUCUUACAGAGACCAGCGGAGAGGAUUCAGACCUACCAGGCCUUGCUCAAGGAGCUGAUCAAGAACAAGGCUAAGUGUGGGAAAAGCUGCUGUCUGCUGGAGGAUGCAUUCUCCAUGGUGUCCUGUCUGCCCUGGCGUUCUGACAACCUGCACCAGGUGUCUCUGAUUGAGAACUACCCUGCCCCACUCACUGCACUGGGAGAACCCGUCCGCCAGGGUCCCUUCACUGUGUGGGAAGAGUCUCCUGAGAUCAAGACGUCCUCCCAGGGGCACCAGAGGCAGGUGUUUCUCUUUAAGGACUGUGUCCUCCUUUGUAAGCUCAAGAGAGACCCCGGCAUGAACUCUGACACCUACGCCUUCAAGAACAAGAUGAAGCUGAAUGACGUGGAGGUGAAGGAGAUGGUGGGGGGAGAUGAGAAGUCCUGGGAGCUGUGGCACGAGCACCGCGGCUCAGUGAGGAGGUACACACUGCAGGGUCAUUCCACCCUGCUCAAGCUGUCCUGGCUCAAAGACCUGAGAGAGCUGCAGCAACGCUCCAGCCUGACUGCUUCUAGUCCACCAGAGUUCAAAGUUCUCCUGGCUGACUGCACAACAAAGAUUGGGCAGACAAUCAAAUUGGCAUGCAAAGUCACAGGAACACCCAAACCAAUGGUCAGCUGGUUCAAAGACGGCCUGGUCCUAGAGGACGGCCCUCACCACAUCAUCACUGCAGACCGGACAGGAACCUGCUGUCUCAUUCUGGACGGGGUCACUCCCAAGGACUCUGGACAGUACGUGUGCUAUGCCUCCAGCCCCGUGGGUCAUGCUAGCACACUGGCCAAGAUGGUGGUGGACGCACCCCCCAGAUUCAUUACUAGGCUGCAGAGUGCAUGUCUGCUGGAGGGAGAGGAUGUCCAGUUUACCUGCUCCAUGCACAGCACACCUCUACCCCUAGUCAGGUGGUUUAAGGAUGCCAGAGAGCUGACAGACCAGAGGAAGUACCACAUAGAGAGUGACGCCCGCAGUGGGAUCCUCACUCUCACCAUAAUGAACCCUGGAGAGACAGACCUGGGACGGUAUGAGUGUGAGCUGUGGAACCAGUUGGGCAGUGCCAAGUGUAAAGCAGAGCUGUGCGCCGCCUUCACACAAGUGAUUGACAGUGAGCCUGACCAACCACAGGUCCUCUUGACCAAAGACUCAGAUGGCUGGUCCACUGCCAUGGUGAAGCAAUGGCUGCAGACAGACUUCAGCCCCACAUCUAUCGUCAAAAUGCUCUUCCAGCCUGGAUAUCCUAAGCCAGCUGAGGGUGGCCCAGAGGAAAGGGACCCCACCACCAGAGGCCACGUGGAGGUGCCACAGUUCCCCAAUGAUCUUGAGGAGAGAUCCGAGGUUGAGGAGGAACUUUAUGUCCCUGAGACCAUACAGGAAAUGCCAACAGCUCCUCCCUCCAUUCAGGUGCCGGCAGAGGACCUGUGUGUGGAGUCUGGCCAAUCAGCUACCUUCACCAUCAUCAUCACAGGAAGGCCAACCCCCGAGAUUCAGUGGUACAAGGAUGGAGAGGAGCUGUUGGCCAAUGAGAAUGUGGAGGUGGUCCAGAAUGGUGCCCGCUGCUCUCUGACUGUGCUGUACCCGGAGAGCGAGGAUGGUGGCAUCUACACCUGCUGGGCCUAUAACGACUCCGGACACACAUCCUGUCAGGCUCAGCUCACAGUGGAGGAGGGUCCACUGGAGUCGCAGGAGAGGGAGGUGGAGCUUGGGAAGAGGAGGAAGCUGCUCUCUGUGUAUGAUGUCCAUGAGGAGAUAGGGAGAGGUACAUAUGGGGUGGUGAAGCGGGUUACCCACAGGAGGACUGGUGAGGGCUUUGCCGCCAAGUUCCUGCCCCUGAGGAGCAGUACGAGGACCAGGGCCUUCCAGGAGAGAGAUCUGCUCUCCCGGUUGGCCCACCCCAGGGUGUCCUGUCUGCUGGACUUCUUCUCUACACGCAGGACCCUGGUCCUGGUCACUGAAGCCUGCUCUUCUUAUAGUCUUCUUGAUCAUCUGCUGUUGAAGGGAUCGGUCAGUGAGGGAGAGGUGCAGAUGUACGUUCAGCAAAUCCUGGAGGGAGUUGGUCACAUCCACAGCAUGAACAUUCUUCAUCUGGACAUCAAACCGGACAAUAUCCUGAUGGUGUUUCCACCCAGAGAGGAGAUCAAGAUCUGUGACUUUGGCUUCUGUCAAGAGAUGGACACUUCCAGACACCAGUACAGCCAGUUCGGCACUCCAGAGUUUGUAGCACCUGAGAUCAUACAUCAAGACCCUGUCACUACAGCAAGUGACAUCUGGUCCAUUGGUGUUGUGGCGUAUUUAUGUCUGAUGUGCCGCUGUCCGUUCAUGGGGGAGACGGACCGGGCCACUCUGCUGAGGGUGGGGGAGGGGACACUGAACUGGGACACACCUGACCUCACCUACAGGAGCACAGAGGCCCGGGACUUCCUCCGCACGGUCCUGCAGCCAGAUCCAGAAGAGCGACCAACUGCAUUUGAGUGUCUGGGGCAUGAAUGGUUCCAGAGCGAGGAUGAAACUGAUGACAUCAACACAAGGCCUCUGAAAGUCUUUAUCUCAAGGAGGAAAUGGCAGCGUUCUCUGACCUGCCUGGGCUCAGUCCUCACCCUGAGGCCCAUCCCAGAGCUGCUCGAUGCCCCUCCUCGGGAAACCUCUGUCACAGCCCCGCGGGACCCCCACGAGCCCAGCAGCACCUCAAUGAGCAGCGGCUCCUCCUCGGAGUAUGACGAGGCCGACGCCUGGGACUUCUUCCACCACUGCACCACCACAGAGGAGGAGGAAGAUGAGGAGGAAGACUUUGACCUCCUCAUGGAGAGAGCCAGGAUCCCUGAGCCCUUCGCCAAGCUUAAAUUGGAUGAAGAGGAAGAGGAGGGGAUCAUGGAGGAAGAGGAGAUGGGAGGACAGAGGAUCGUGCUAGAAAGGAGCAUAAGCAGGCAGUCCGUAGGGUCCUCGGACGCCUCCAGGCAGCCAACCCCCCAGAGGGAGAGGAGGGUCAGCCGAGAUAGCAGCCCAUCCUUGUACUUCUCCGAGGGGGAUGAAAGCUCCGUGUCUGGGAGUGAAGGAGGGCGCAUCGCCAGGAGCAGCCUGAUCCACAGCACCUUCUACGACAGCUCCACGCAGCUCUCGCCCAUGUCCGCCCGCCACAUGACCCUCAGGGACAAGUUCCAGGCCAAAAAGCAGGAGAGGGGCCGCAAGCCGCACCGCAGUAGCCUCUCUAGCCGCCUUAACGAGCCGCUCAUUGAGUACGUGGAGGACGAGGGAGAGACCAAUCACGGGCAAAGGCGAGGGUCUUUGCAGUCGUCCAUGCUCAAGUCUUGCUCCUUCGACAGCGGGGUCGGCCUCUCACACAAUGCACCCCCGAACAGGAGGAGCAGGUCGUUGGACGACUACUCCCGACGCUCACCAGGAUCCGCCAAACGCAGAGAAGAGGAAGGUGCUUUGAGUCUUAAGGAGGAUUUCACUGACGAAGAGGAGGAUAAGAGCUUAGUCGUUGCCCCUGCCCAGAUCAAAGGUAGAAGAGGUUCAGUGGCAGUGGCUCCCGCUCAGCUUACGGCCAGGCUUCAGAAACUGGGUGCAAAAUUACCCCAUGCUGGUCCAGAGAAAAGCCCUAGGCCAGAGCAGGGGAGACCAGGGGAGGAGAAGGGGGAGAACCUGGCUGGCUCGCAGUGCUCCCUGGCUGAGUCCUUCAUCCUCGAGCAUGGCUCUGAGGCCUCCAGCAGGCUGGGCUCCUGUGAGGAUAUGUCCCACGGCCGCCCUUUAGCCACACAUAGAGGGAGAGCAGGGGAUGAGUAUGAUGACCAGGAGGAGCCCCUGAUCACCCCGUCCCCCUGCUCCCUGCUCCAGGCAUCUGAUGUUGAGGAUGCUGAGCAGGAGCCCCAGCGCCGGAGAGGCCAACUUCAGAUCCCACCGAGAAGGACAACACACCCCAACCAGAACCCAACGGACAGAAAUAAGGGUCAGGUAGAGAGGAAGGUCCUGCCGGUGAAACCCAACCCCAGUCUGUCCAUCAAGGCCCCAGAGAGGCCCCCAAGGGCCAGCGACACAAAGGCACGACUCCAGAGGCAUGCGUCCACACCGGCCCUCCAGGCCAAACCGCCCAUGGGGAAGUCUCCUAGGAUGUCACCCAAAGUUGGCUUAAUGAAUCUGUUCCGCAGGCAGUCCUGGGCAGGGCAUUCCUACUCCCAAUUGGAGGGCACGGAGCAGGGACCCACACUAGGGGAAUUGGAGCCCAAAACCCCCACCAUGUCACUAAGGAAAAAGAUGAGGGCAUCAGCCUCUAGCCUCACCAAGCUGUUCACUAAAUCGUCCAGCAAGGAGGACUUAACGAAGGGAGGGCCGAUUGUAAAGGGUUUAUUUCCUGUUCCGCCUGAGCAAAAGGCAAGCCCUGGCUUGGAGAGCCCAAAAAAGAAAUCCAAGUUCUUCUCAUUCAAAAUACCUAAAAUACCUGCAUUCAAAAAGAACAAAGAAAUGCCUAUCCGCCCCACCAGGCCUGAUGUGCACCAGUUGGAGGCAGGUGGAUUUCUGCUGGUAUGGAGACUAGUGCAGUCCAGCGACCCAGUGGUUUACAGUGUUCAGUACAGCACAGAUGGUGUGGAGUGGAAGCUUCUGUCGGAGGAGGUGACAGACAGCUGCUACGUGGUGAAGGACUUACCCAGAGGAGCAGGAUAUGUGUUCAGGGUUGGCUGCAUCAUCAAGACAGGCGCAGGACCUUUUAGUGACCCUUCUCCACCUGUUGUUAUGGCAUCCCAUCCUGAAGAGAUCCACAUUCCCCUCAUCCAGACAGAGUCCCCAGGUUCAAAGGGCAGUAGGUCAGGAGGUCAACCUAGCCACAAGACCUACAGCUUCCUCUCAGAGAUCAACAGGGGCCGUUUCAGCGUGGUGACCCAGUGCCAGGACAGCCAGAGCCAGCAGCUGUUUGCUGCCAAGAUCACCCCCUGCAGGCCAGAGAAGAGACAGCUGGUGCUCAGAGAGUACCAGCUGCUGAAGAGGCUCAACCACCCCAACCUGGUCCAGCUGCACACAGCGUACAUAACCCCGUACUACCUGGUGCUCAUCCAAGAGCUGUGUGCCGGCAGAGAGCUGCUUUACAACCUGGCUGAGAGAGACCUGUAUUCUGAGCUCCAUGUAGCAGAGUUGCUGGCUCAGAUCCUGAGUGCUGUGGACUACCUGCACGGCCGCCGCGUUGUCCACUUGGACCUCAAGUCAGACAACAUGCUGGUGACGGACUGCAAUACGCUGAAAAUCGUAGACCUGGGCUCCGCUCAGUCCUUCACGCCCGGACAGACACUCAACAUAGAGCAUAUUCAGGGACAAGAGAAAGUUUACAUUGUCCUUCCUAAAGCUCCGGAAAUCCUUGACGGACAAGGAGUCGGACCGGAGACCGACAUCUGGGCUAUUGGGGUGUUAGCUUUUAUAAUGUUGAGUGCAGAUAGCCCGUUUCAUUCAGACCUCAACUGGGAGAGGGACAGAAACAUCCGGAAGGGGAAGAUCCAGUUUGGCCGAUGCUACCCUGGCCUGUCAGAGGCAGCAAUCACCUUCAUGAAGAACACACUGAGCAACAAGGCCUGGGCCAGACCCUCAGCGGCUGAGUGCCUCCAGAUCCCGUGGGUACGGGGUGAGCGGGCCCCCUCCAAACACAGAGACUCCAUCUUGUGUUUCUCCACCGACAAGCUGCAGGCCUUCCUCAAGGAGAGAGAGGUGAAACGAGACCAGGUCCGCACCAAGCUGCAAGGCCCGUUCUUCCAUUGAUCUGCUCUUCCAGUAGACUGUUAUGAAAUACAACAUGAACUGGACUUGGAUGAUAUCUCUUCAUAGCCCAGAUCCUGGUCACAAAUAUGUGAUAUCUUACAAAUGUUGACCUAAAAUGGAGACUGGUCAAAUGUAUGUAUUAAUGGCUGUCUAAAGUUUUGUUAAGUGUUUGUCUGAAUGAGUUUGGCUUUGGUUGAAUUACAGUGUCAUGAUAUCAGGGAAAUGUUUAGUUAGAUGCUUUAUGCAAAUACAGUUGCACGAGUUUGAAAACUUGAAAACAUUGUUCCUUUGAGUUUGCGGCAUUGGACAUUACAAAAGUUAAUAUUUCAUGAGCUAGAUUUGUAGAUUGUGAUUUAUUAGCCAAAGCGACAGAUCAGAGGGUUCAUGUGCCCAAAGCAUAGCAAGGGCCCCUACCAGCAUAAAGCUUUGUCUCACAAAGAGAGGAAUGUUGAAAUCCCUAUCGGGAGAUACAUAUAGACAGGUUUUUAAGUGUACACUGUAUAGAUAUUUAGGAGUGAAAUAUUUACACUAAGGCAAUGUUUUACAUGUUUUCAAUUGUCUUGUUAUAUUGUAGAAAUGGAGAAUAAGAUCAUGAGUAAAUUAAGAAUUUUUGAUGAUCGUUUGAUUUCAUUGAGUAUUCCUGUACCUUGUGACCGGUGAUGUAUGCACUGAAAGACAAAUUAAACAGUAUGAGUGGUAAGUA